CUCUGUCUCUCACUCACACGGUCACACCAAACAAAAAUAAAAUAAAAUAACAUAUCAGACUCGAAGAACCAGAAAACCAAUGUCACCACCUUCCGGUGGCCGUGUAUGUGUACAACGUCUGAGUCUUGUGAAAGGCGAGCACACUUGACACAACAGGACCCCUCAGUCUGUCUCUCACACUCCCCGACUCCUCGUUCAGUCUAAUAUUGGGAAUAACAAUGAACAAACCUCUCCUCUUAUCGUCCUUUUUGGUGUUCAUCCUCUCGAUUUUGCUCCUCCCUCAUUUGUCCAAGUGGUCGAAAUUGAAAGUAGCAGAAGUAGCAGAUUUAUUGGUCACAAAUGCAUUCAUAUACACCAGUGACCCUUCUUUCCCUUUCGCUAAUUCCAUGGCUAUUAAAAAUGGCCGAAUUUUGGGUGUUGGCAACUAUUCAGUUCUUCAGGAAUUAGAAGGGAGCACAACGCAUAAAUUGAAUUUAGAGGGAAAAAUUGUGGUUCCUGGAUUUAUUGAUUCCCAUUUGCACUUGCUUUAUGGUGGAUUACAGCAGAUGAUGCAAGUGGAACUCCAUGGUGUCCGUACGAAACAAGAGUUUGUAAUGAAGAUUGAAGCCGCAGUCAAAAGUAAGAGGGAAGGAAUCUGGGUUGUUGGUGGUGGAUGGAACAAUGACCUUUGGGGAGGAGAACUGCCAAUGGCUAAUUGGAUUGAUGAUAUAAGUCCUCAGAAUCCUGUUUGGUUAUCAAGGAUGGAUGGUCAUAUGGGCUUGGCUAAUUCACUGGCAAUCAAGAUGGCUGGAAUUACUAAAGAAACAAAAGAUCCACUCGGUGGCACAAUAGUCAGAUGGGCAGAUGGAGAGCCUACCGGGUUGCUGAUAGAUGCUGCAAAGAAAUUUAUUCUUCCCAGUGUCCCAGAACCCACCAUUGAUGAAAGGAGGGAAGCAUUAUUAAGGGCCAGCAAUUAUGCUUUGACCAAAGGUGUGACAACAGUGGUUGAUAUGGGAAGAUAUGUUCCUGGUUCUUCAGCAGAAUUGCCAUGGGAAGAUUUUACAGAUGUCUAUAAAUGGGCAAAUACCUCCGGAAAUAUGAUUAUCAGAGUUUGUCUGUUCUUUCCCCUCGAAACCUGGUCACGUUUAUAUGAUCUUGUGCAGAAGACAGGUCAUGUAGUUAGCCAAUGGCUUUACCUUGGUGGUGUCAAGGCUUUCUUAGAUGGAUCGUUAGGCUCAAACAGUGCCCUCUUUUAUGAGCCAUAUGCUGAUGAUCCUGACAGCUAUGGCCUUCAAGUAGUGGACCUUGACGAUCUAAUCAACAUGACUGCACUUUCUGACAAGUCUGGGCUGCAGGUCGCAAUUCAUGCUAUUGGUGAUAUGGCAAAUGACUUAAUCUUGGAUGUGUAUGACUCAGUUGCUUCUGAAAAUGGAGAAAGGGAUAGAAGAUUGAGGAUUGAGCAUGCUCAGCAUUUGGCACCUGGUUCAGCUACUCGAUUUGGCAAACAAGGAGUUGUUGCUUCAGUACAGCCUGUGCACCUUCUCGACGAUGCGAUUUCUGCAGAAAAAAAAUUGGGGAAGGAGCGGGCUGAACAUGGAUCUUAUCUCUUUCAUUCACUUCUAGCAAGUCAUUCACUGCUAGCUUUUGGCUCUGAUUGGCCUGUUGCAGACAUUGAUCCUUUGAACAACAUUAGGGCAGCAGUGACAAGGAUUCCACCAGCGUGGGAAACGCCAUGGAUUCCAUCUGAAUGCCUCACACUCAAUAAUGCACUUGAUGCGCACACGAUUUUAGCUGCUCGUGCGUGUUUUCUUGACAAAGAAAUAGGGUCACUAUCUCCAGGGAAAUUGGCAGAUUUUGUUGUACUGUCCACAAACUCCUGGGAGAAAUUCAUAGCAGAAGCUUUUGCUUCUAUCGAGGCUACAUAUAUCGGUGGUGUCAAAGCAUAUCCUGCAAAGACUGCAGUGUGACAGUCAAGGUCAGAUUUAUAUUUCUUUUUGUGAACAUCAUAGUAGGAACACCUUUAAAAGCUACAUGUCUUGGUCAAACAUAUGUAAUAUGAUUUUUUUUGGCAUGCCAGGAGAAAUGUAAAUCAUGUCUCUAUGCAUGCUUGUAUUAGGGUUGUAUAGCGGAAGCAUAAUGAUAGUUAAACGGUAUAUGAGAAAGUAAGAAUCGAACAUAGUAACACGAGGGAUAGUCUCUAUAACCAAGGCCAUUUCAAUCAUUCAGGAACUGGUGGAACUAAGCCCCUUAGAAUAAAAAAGGCACAAUUAUAAAUUAUAAAUUAUAAAACUAGCUACUUGUACAUUCUAAUCAUUUUGAAUAGUAUAGCUCCUUAUGUAUGGGAUGAUCAAAUUAGGCUUUAUGAGCAGUUUUUGGUCUUUGAUUUCCCCUAACUUGCAAGUACCUCGUCUUUUGCCUCUUUUCUGGGAUUUCAUGAAUGGUUUGAUUUUCAUUU